AUGGCGACCAAGAUGCUGCUCACCCCAGCUGUGACCGGGGCACUGUUGUUUGCGCUCACGGCAUCGCCGGACCGCUUCAGGGAGCCGCUGCUCGCACACUUGAAGCAGUACGUUUCGACAAUCAACAUCUCCAGACUGAUCACGACACUCAAGUGGCUCGUCGCCGUGGGUCUGGUCAGAGAUGUCAACACAUGGCUGUCCGAGUGGGCGCAGAACAACUUCAGACUACAGUCCGAGAAGCACCGCUACGACUGGCCGACCGAGAUCGCCCUCAUCACCGGCGCGACUGGCGGCUUUGGCAGUCUUAUGUCGAAGGAGCUGGCUGCAAAGGGUGUCACGAUCAUUGCUGUCGACCUCCGCGAUGACCUUCCAGCCGACAUGAAGAGCAACCCAAAGAUCCACUACUAUCAGUGCGACAUCACAGAGAAACAGAACGUGACAGACCUGGCCAACAGAGUCCGAGAAGAGCACGGCGACCCAAGCAUAUUGAUCAACAACGCUGGCAUCUCGGGAGACGGCAACAUCGCUGAGCAGACUCAGGACUCGCUCGAGAAGAUCUUCAAGAUCAACAUCAUCAGCCACUACUACACAGUGCAGGAGUUCCUCCCAGCCAUGGCCCGAAACAAGAAGGGUCACGUCGUGACGAUCGCCUCACUCGCGUCAUUCAUCACACCACCUGGCCUCGUGCCAUACGCCAACACCAAGGUUGCAGCUCAUGGCUUCCACGAGGGUGCCCGACACGAGGCUCGUGUGUUCUACAACGCACCAGAGAUCAAGUUCAGCGUCGUCCACCCAACUUUCGCAGCCACGCCAAUGACAGCAGCAUACACGUCGGACCUGGAGAAGGCCAAGGCGAAGAUCAUCAAGCCAGAGAUGGUCUCCAAUGCCGUGGUCAAGCAGAUCCUCAGUGGACGAGGCAAGCAAAUCAUUAUUGCUCCAGGAACCUCGGCUCUGGUCUACCUGCGAAGCCUUCCAUACUGGAUCUCGAACGCUGGUCUCCAGGCUGCCGACUCGGGUAUGAGGAAGUCGUUGGAUCGCAUGGCUUUGAAGAAGGCCCAGUAG